GAGUUUCUUUUUUGUCAGAGUGAAAGAAGAAAGAUUGGUGUUUGUCCAAAAAAGUUGUGUGAUCUGUUACCAAAAGUUCCAUUUAUUUUGUUAAAUACUUAAUUAAAUAUCGCAAAUUUUGGACUAUGUGCUUGCUAAAAGUGUGAACAAUGUUUGCAGAAUAAAGAUAUUUUCUUGGUUGUUUUGAUCAAGAUUAUGUUGGAGACGCGUUUGGUUCGGAACAUCCCUGAUUCCUCCAUUGAUUCGUCUUUGCCAAAUUGUGGAUGGCAGUUGCAACAACAAUCAAAUAUCAAUACUAGCGAAUGCAAAGCUGUUAGUUUUAGUAGUAAAAUUGAUAAUUCAAAUUCAAACAAAGCGAAUAAUAGUCUGAUGGCAGCGAAUAUGAAGCAUGGUAAGACACAGGAGGAUGUCUGUUAUGUGGUCGCAAAAUAUGAUUACGGUGCACAAGGAACGCAAGAACUAGAUUUGCGAAAAAAUGAACGAUAUUUACUGUUAGACGAUUCGAAGCAUUGGUGGAGAGUACAGAACAAUAGAAAUCAGUCAGGCUAUGUGCCCAGUAAUUAUGUAAAGAAAGAGAAACCGUCGCUGUUCGACAGUAUCAAGAAGAAAGUGAAAAAAGGAUCCGGUUCGAAAACUCUGCCCAAUUGCUCACCCUCGCGUCAAAUCGAUAGUCCGACAAUGAAUCGAAGACUGCCACCAGAUCCGUCGGAAGCGAUUGGCACAGCUAUCGUCAAAUAUAAUUACCAAGCACAACAAGCAGAUGAAUUGCCAUUAACCAAAGGAACGAGAAUACUAAUUUUAGAGAAAUCAAAUGACGGCUGGUGGCGAGGACAAAGUGGAAAUGCCGUCGGUUGGUUUCCGAGCAACUACACAACAGAAGAAUGCGACAAUAAUGACGAACAAUUGCACACCUACGCGAUGGCGGAAAACGUUUUAGACAUUGUCGUUGCUUUAUAUUCAUUCAAUUCCAAUAACGAUCAAGAGCUGUCGUUCGAGAAAGGAGAUCGUCUAGAAAUUUUGGAUAGACCAGCAUCCGAUCCCGAAUGGUACAAAGCCCGAAACAACACCGGUCAAGUUGGUUUAGUACCCCGUAACUAUCUGCAAGAACUUUCCGAAUACUUAGCGCAACCAUAUCGCGGUUGUCUUCCCGGUAAUGAUUCAGUGGAUCGUCGAAAUGAUCAAUCAUCACUACCACCACCACCAGCGUCUGCGCAGCCACCGAUGGAUCGACCGAAUUUAGCUGGAAAAACGUGGUACUACGGUGCUAUAACACGUAAUCAAUGCGACACUGUGCUGAAUUCUCAUGGUCAUGACGGUGACUUUUUAAUACGAGACAGUGAGACUAAUAUGGGUGACUACUCUGUGUCUUUGAAAGCGCCAGGUCGGAACAAACACUUCCGUGUGCAUGUUGAGAACAAUAUGUUUUGUAUCGGUCAACGAAAGUUUCACAAUUUAGAUCAACUAGUGGAUCACUACCAAAGAGCACCCAUUUAUACAAAUAAGCAAGGCGAGAAAUUGUAUCUGGUACGAUCGUUACCGAAAGCGAAUGGAACUUAAGGAACGGGUUAGUAGAAAAAUGUAAUUCGCUCGUAAACAAUUUAAAUUAAAUAGAAGACAAAGAGUGAAACAAAAAAUAACAAAACCACAAGAGGAGCGGCUUUGCUACGAUUUAUUUAUGAAGAGAGAAAAAAAAACCUUUUUUUGUGCGCAAAGCGAAUAUAGGUUUCGUUUUGCUGAUAAGACAGACAGAAUAAACAAACUAUUUAUAUAAACGAUAGAAAUCUAAGUUAAUUUAACAAGCGAAAAAUUAAAACAAAAAAAUCGUGGAACUUACAUUGAACAAACCAAUUUAUUCCAAAAUUCCGCACUUGAGAUUAUUGAUGAAUUUUACCUAGACAAAUAGAUCGUUCGUUCGAUUUCGAUCGAUUUGAUUUUUCGGUUCAUUUUGGAAUUUAAAAAAAUCAUUCGUUUAACGAACAAGUUCAGGGAAGGCUAUGGGCGCAGCUUAAAGUAAAAAUAAAUAUUCAAAGGUUAAUUUCGAGAGUGAAAUAGAUGCAUUGAUUUGAUGCUGAUCGACAAUGGAUGUUCUUCAUAUCUUCGGACAUAUUUUUGUCCCUUUUAAUUUUGUCGAAUGUUCAUAGGGUUGAUCGCCGUUUUGAUACAAAAGUAAGGUACACUCGUACACAAGUUUAAAUUAAGAGGUCGUUGCAUACGUGAUAUCUCAUUAUUGAUGUUCGCGCCAUUUUUUAAAGAGAAAAUAGAGUGCAGAUCAGGAUGACAGUUACUCAACUUUGCUUUACCAAUUUUUAAGAAAUCCUAAACAGGGACGCCAUCACCUAGUACAAAAAGUCAAUUUUUAAUUCCACAUACGUUACCACAGUACCACUGUACAGCAUUACGACGCGUACUGUACUCCGUAACGUCAAUGUUACAUGUGGAAUCUAGCUCGAAUUGAAUGAAAUUAUUCAACGAGUGAAGAAAAGUUGGUAAUUGCAUUUGUUUGAGGCCAGAGCGCAGCGAGUGCAACAAGUCACCCGACAAAAUGUAAUUUCAAACUUUUUCCAGCCUUUUUUUUCGCUUUUAAAUAAACAAACAUUUUACCGUUUUUCACAACUUAGACUUUCGAAGUUUUAGCGGAUGGGAGAAAAUGAGAAUUUUCUCGCCUGCGCUGUGAAAAAUGUAUGGUUGCAGUUAUCGCCAGAAUUUUGUAUCAAUCCCGAAAAUCCGAUGUGAAAGAGCCAUCACGUAUGCAUAAGCCUUCCGUAUAAAAUUUGUUCUGCCGUCGCUGAAGAUGACCAAGCGACAAUAACAAUUUUUGUGUCCUCAUCCUUUUUAUCGGAGUGUUCAGGAAAGUUAAAAGUUCGUUAUUUAGAUUGAAUCCAUCCCUAACAACAAGUACAUCUCCGUAGGCAAAUUGAGAUGACUUUCAAUUAACUUUUUUGGCAUAAAAGAUAAGUUUUUGAUUUCGUAAUUUUUUUAGAUUUGAACAAUGAGAUCCAUAACGUAUCCACCAACACAUGUAGUUAAAUUAGGAUGAACAAAAAUUACUACAAAUAACAUUGACUGAUCACAAUCCACACUCACUUUUCAUGUACGUUGUUUUCUAUCAUUUUGCUGAUCAUUUGCUGCGAUUCUUUCAGUUUGUCUGUAUAGCUAGGACGGAAAAGAAUGUUGGAAGUUACGGAUUGUGAAUAUAUUUUAUACAAGAAGUAGAGAGUGCGAAAGAUUGAAAUUGUUUAUGUGAAGAAAUUUUAAAUUUGUACAAACAUUUUUUUCGGAAUUUCGUUUUGACUUUUGGUUAUCAUGGAAUUGAAAAUAAAUUUUGAUUUUAAAUUGAAAAAUUCAGUUGUGCACAAUGAUAAAUUCUAAAAAGAAACCCCUCUCCUCUAUUAACUAUAUUAAUUCGUCUUAAUUGCAUAGAGUAUAUAUUAAUGAAUUUCACUAAAUUGAGCCGAUAUUGUAGAGUCAUAGAGAGAUUUAAAUAAACGGUAACACCCACACACAACCACCACCCACUAUAAAAACAACAAUUAUAAUUAGAAAACUAAACUAUAAUAAAACAAAAUAAUAAAAAAAUGAAACACAAAAAUAUUGCUUUAAAAAUCACGCAAAUUUAUUAAAAAACCUUUUCCGGCCAAUUACAAAAUAAAAAAAAAUUAAAUUAAGAGAAAUAUGAAUAACCGAAAGUUACAAGAUGAAAUUACUUAAACAAUUCGAUCGACCAAAAUAUUGUGAGCGAACAUAAAAUUUAGAAUGAAAAUUAGGUUUUCAUUUUAUUGAAAUUAUUUUCCCGAGUUUUUUUUUGUAAUGUUCUUUUUCGGAGUCCAACUCGCGUCAUUAUGUGUGAAAGAGUGUUUAGAUUUCGUUCCGUUCUUUUUUAUAACAAUUUAAAUAAAUAAACAUACAGUAAAAAGUCACAAGAGUUAUGAGUGAGAGUGACGGUUAAUUUGACGGUGAAUUGACGGUAAAGUGACAGGGAAAAAAAUGAGAUACAAAAAACAACAAGAUAAAUCGAAAGCUUACCGUAAAAAAUUUUUAAAACCAAAAGUGAGAAGAAAAUCACAUAAGGAUAAUAAAGAGGACAUGAUGGACUAAAUUAGAAAAUAAACAGAAAAGUUUCUACCGCAUUUUUAUAUAUAUACCAAUUUAUAAUUCAAACAAAAGUAUUCCUAAAAAAAAAUUAAAAAGAAAAAAAUUAGGAAGAAACAACAAAAUAAAUUAAUUAAUUUACACAUCGUCAUAAAAACGAAUCCAAUAUUUCGGUGUAAGAAUAUAAUCGUAACGUACUUUUUUACCGAACACUUUUGUAGAAACUUUUUUACAAUUUUUUUAAUCAGAAAAAUUUGUGACGAAUGGCCUUUGGUAAAAAAAAUUUGUUUUCGGAAUGAACAUACACAAUUAAGAAUCGAGUCAUUGUGAUAAGAGUGACCAUUGAUUGGAGGAUUUUUUUAUCAUAAAAUUAUUGACUGUCUGUGAGUUGUUUGUUGGUUUGUCUUUUACAUUUCAACAACACUCGGAAAUUGUUAGAAUCGGGAGAAAUUUCGGGUCACUAGAAAAUGACUUAGGGUUAGGAAUGGAAAUUAUGACACGGAAGCAUUUUUUUUAUUGAAUCCGGGGCAAUAUAAUGUAUAUUCAAUAGGAAGCAGGGGAUCACUUGGUUUGUGGGUUGAUGAAGAAUUUAAAAAAAACGUCGUGUUGAGAUGUGAACUUCAGGACACGUGAACAUUGACCUUUUGAGCGGACAUUGCUUAUAAAAAAUAAACUUUGUAGUCGGUAAGGACGCUUGUUUGAUUAUUUAGGGAAGACAUUAGUUUCGUUUACUAAGUCUUUACGUUCAAAAGGUAUAUCAUUUGUAGGGUAGAACCAACAAGUCUAAUGGACGACAUUUCAUGAAAAUUAACAUGACGUCAUGCACUCAAAUUUUAAAAAACUCGGCAAUCAAAAUCGUAAAAUCUCAUUAAUUUAAAGUAUUUGAAACUCAAUAUACCAAGAAAAGUAGUUAUCACUACUCUUACGCGUUCCAGAAAUAUCUAGAAAACUGUGGAUGAUUUGACGGUCCACAGCUUUGUUUGGUUCCACAACUUUACGUACUCAAUGUAAAAACAUUACGUAUGCAUGUUUGCCUAAUGUGAAUACUUAAAAUGGGUUUCUUGGUUCAAUGUACUGGGCGCAGAAACUGCUGCUGAUUCUUUGAUAAGGAUAUUAUGUGAAAAGUUGGAAUCGAAUGUAUUCCACUAGAUUAGCGAUUUUAACGUAGUGCAAUGACGUCAAUUGAGGUAUAUACAUGCCGAAAACGGCGAUCCAGUUCUGAAUGAAAUGCGUCACCUUUUUGUUGGUGAUACCAUCGAAUUUUGUAAAAACAAAUUUUUUUUCGGUGAAACUCAUAACCAGUGAAAUGACUAAAUUGUAAAUUAAAUAAUGGGAAGACUAAGUUUUUGAACCAUUUGUUGUACAUAAGUUUUUUUUUAUUAUUUUUUUGCUCAAAAUAAGUUUUUGUUUUUUUUUUAACUCAACUUUUUGUUUUUUGUUGUUUUUUAUUUUGUUUGUUUCUUUAAUUUAAUUGCGACUUUAACUUUAGGUCACUUCAGAGAAGUCAUUUUUAGCAUUAAUUUUUUGUUUGUUUUGAUUUUUUCUUACAUAUUUCUAAAAACAUGCAUUGUCAUCAUCCCCGUUUCCGCCGGUAUGCAAAAUAUUCGUAAUUUCAAUUAAAUUUCUAGAAGAAUGAUCAAUGAGAGAAUGUGAAAGAAAUGUACGGUUAGAGAGAGAGUAAAAAAUCACAGAUUUCUUUGCCAUAUCUACUAAAUAAAAUGACUAAAUUUUUGGGUUAAGCUCUAAAACAAGAUGAAAUCAAUAACUAAAAUAUUAAUUAAUAUAAUCGCAAAAAACGACGUAAUAUAUAAAAACAAAACAGAAAAUUAAAAAUUAAUUUAUUGAAAAAAAGUGAAAAAUUGAAGAAAAAAAAAUGAAUUGAAAUCACAGGUAAAAUUUUCUUUUCUUUUCUUUGUAAAUAAAAUUAAUCAAAUACUCAAACAUGAAUUAAGAAAUGGAUAGAAAUUUGAAUACAGAA